CAGUCCCGUCGCGGGAACGCGGGGGAAGCCGGGCCAAGAUGGCGACCGUGAGGAGGGUGCUUCCGUGGCAGCUCGUGGGCUUGGCGUCCCUCCGGGCUGUCAGCACCUCAUCUGUGGGCACCUUCCCAAAGCAGGUGAAAAUUGUGGAAGUUGGUCCCCGAGAUGGUCUACAAAAUGAAAAGAAUAUCGUACCUACUUCGGUGAAGAUCAAGCUAAUAGACAUGCUUUCUGAAGCAGGACUCCCUGUUAUAGAAGCCACCAGCUUCGUGUCCCCCAAAUGGGUUCCCCAGAUGGCUGACCACACGGAAGUCUUGAAAGGCAUCCAGAAGUUCCCUGGCGUCAGUUACCCAGUCCUGACCCCAAACGCCAAAGGCUUCGAGGCAGCGGUCGCUGCUGGAGCCAAGGAAGUGUCGGUCUUUGGAGCUGCCUCAGAGCUCUUCACCAGGAAGAACAUCAACUGCUCCGUGGAUGAGAGCCUGCAGCGCUUCGACGUCGUCUUGAAGGCAGCUCAGGCAGCCGGCGUUUCUGUGCGGGGGUACGUCUCCUGUGUGCUCGGAUGUCCCUAUGAAGGGAAGAUUGCCCCAGCUAAAGUAGCCGAGGUCAGCAAGAAGUUGUACUCAAUGGGCUGCUACGAGAUCUCCCUGGGGGACACCAUCGGCGUGGGCACCCCAGGGGCCAUGAAGGACAUGCUGUCUGCUGUCAUGCACGAGGUGCCGGUGGCUGCCCUGGCUGUACACUGCCAUGACACCUACGGCCAAGCCCUGGCCAACACCUUGAUGGCCCUGCAGAUGGGAGUGAGUGUCGUGGAUUCUUCCGUGGCAGGAAUUGGAGGCUGUCCUUAUGCACAGGGGGCAUCGGGGAACUUGGCCACCGAGGACCUGGUCUACAUGCUGGCUGGCCUAGGUGUUCACACGGGUGUGAACCUCCAGAAGCUCCUGGAAGCUGGCAACUUUAUCUGCCAAGCCCUGAACAGAAAAACCAGCUCUAAAGUGGCUCAGGCUAGCUGUAAACUCUGAGUCUGCCUGCCCAAGCCCUGGGGACUGUGGGAGCAGGGACUUCCGUGGAUGGUGGAGGGCAACGUGGACAUGAGAAGGACAUGAGUGGGAAGACGCCUCACAGCCGACUAAGCAGUUCUCUCCUGGCAGAGCUGGCCAGGAGGGAGGAGCUGCCUGGCCUUGGACCUCAGUGCUAGGCCAGUGAAUGAGAGGCAUGGGGCCCAGUCUCCCAGAGGCCCAUGAAUGCAUUCCCUGCCCAAGGCCCUCCUGUCUGGGCUUUGGGUGCUCCCCCCUCCCCUGCACACAGCUCCACCCUGCCCUGCCGGCUCAGGGCUAGUGCUCUGUGACUUCUGGAAAGGGGCUGGAGAUUCUUCCCCAAACUGGCCCGAGGGCAUUGCCAGGAGAGGGCUGUGACGGGUGGUGGCCAUCCGCCAGCUCCAACAUCGCUGAGAAAUCUCCACCCUGAAAGUGAUUUUUGAAAACAGCAUCUGUAGUGAAAGGUUCAGUAACAGCAGCUCAGGCACUGGCGGUACAGAUGUGUUCUGCAGGAACGGGAAAUAGGAAAUAAAGCGUCUUUACAGCGUCG